AUGAUUGGAACUGCAAUCUUCUCGACACCGUCCGCCAUUGCUGAGAGUGUCGGGAGCGCAGGCGCCGCUUUGGCUCUCUGGAUCGCUGGUUUGAUCCUCGCGUACUGUGGUCUAUUCAUAUGGAUUGAACUUGGAUCUCUCAUGCCCCGAAGUGGGGGUGAGAAGGUGUACUUGGAGGCCGCGUACCCGAAGCCCCGAAUGCUUGUGACCACGGUGUUUGCUGUCCAUGUUAUUUUUCUGGGGUUUACAGGUGAGUCUCCACGGCUAAUAUGUAUUGGGAGUGUCGUGGUGGCCGAGAAUAUCCUCCUUGCUGUGAGCGGCUCCGCCAGUGACUGGGUCAAGAGAGGGCUCGCCGUUGCAGUUCUCGCGAUCAUAGCCACGAUCCAUAUAAAGUCCUGUGCUCUUGGAGUUAAGAUAAUGAAUGUUUUGGCCUCGGUGAAAAUCCUCAUUCUUUUCCUCAUCAUUCUUUCCGGGCUGCGCGCUCUUGGAGGCGACCUACCACAAAUUCCCCAUCCAGCUAGUAGUCUAGCGAAUCCCUUCGCCGGAUCUUCAUCGGACGUAUCACACUAUACCAAUGCUUUGUUCAAGAUACUGGCGACGUACCAGGGUUGGUCUAAUGCGGCAUAUGUGCUUGACGAAGUACACAACCCUCGCAAAGUCCUGAAGAUCGCCGGUAUUGUGGGUGUUGGGACUGUUGGUCUGCUAUAUAUCUUAACCAAUAUCUCUUACUUCAUUGUUGCGACCCCGGAAGAAAUCAGCAGGACCGGGGUCACAGUGGUCGCCCUCCUGAUCGGGAAGGUCUUUGGAAGUACAAUGCUCUGGCUGACAGCAACACUGGCGGCGUUAUCGUCAUUCGGAAGCUUGAUGACAGCAUCGUUUUCGAUGUCGCGAGUGGUGCGAGAAUUUGCAAAGGAAGGGCUAGUUCCGUAUUCUCGUUUUUUUGCUGCCAGUACGCCGUCUGGGUCGCCGUCCACAGCAUUCCUUCUGGUCUUCCUUUCGUCAGCAGUAAUGAUCGUGUUCAUUCCAUUUGGCGAGGUCUAUAACUUUUUACUGGAUGUUGGACAGUACGCCAUUGCCAUAAUCAACGUCCUGGUUGUUAUCGGAUUGUUUAUCAUCCGUAGAAAACCAAACCCUCAGCCCACGUUCCGCGCUUGGAACCCGAUUGUAUAUUUAUUUUUCACCUCGCAGAUUUUCCUGUUAGUCACUCCAUUCGUGCCUGCAGCGUUGGACAAGGGCAAGGCGCUCCCACCUUGGUUGUAUUCCGUGGUGGCCAUCCUCGUACUUUCAGGAGCAGCCAUUUAUUGGCUAGUGUCAUGGGUAGUGCUUCCCAGACAUGGAAAGUUUGUCUGGACUGCUCGAAAGUCGAUUCUCUCCGAUGGAUCAUCGGUGGUGUCGUGGGACAAGGUGAAAGUAAGCUGA